GGGAGAAGCUUAGACAAGCAAGGUAUUCACGUUGAUAAAACAAUCUUGUUGGUUGCAGAGAUAGCCCGUUAAAUUGUGUGGUCAAUUCGGAGAUCGACAGCUUAUUGCUUCUGUGUACGGAUCCAAUAGUGCCUGCCAUAUUUGUCAAGUAUUUUAAUCAUUAUUGGACAUUAGCGAUGGCAUCCCAAAGCCAUCUUCUCGAAUGCAUCAGUAAUUAAGCAUCGUUUCCCUUUCCGAGUAAACAUUCAGGCGCUUUCGAGAGCCUACCUAGUGACAGUGAUUGAGGCAAUGCACAUUGCCAAAACCAAGACCCUAGAUGUAUGCAUAAAGUAUCCCCAUUCCUCGUUGCUAUCGUGAGCAUAGAGUCCACCCGCUAAGCAAUCUCAUCUUGCUGGAGCCGACGUAAAAGUCAGAGGGGCAAUUGGAACAGUUCGAAGCUGGAGUUGCGAAAUGCAUAUUGGGCCCUAUACGUGCUAGGAAACCAGCCACAGCUUGACCCAAGCCCCAAAUGUUGUAGGCAAAUGGCAUGACAUACUUAAGACGCAUUGCCUCUUGCUUGUGAGGCAUUCCGAGGAAACUGCUGUAUCAAGAACAAGAGCUCCUCCACUGCCAAAGCCUGGUAGAAUGACGACGAGAGUUCCAUGAGGCCAUGAGAGCAAUGCGCGUGACAUGAUGCACGCUCGUGCACAGAUGAAAAGCGAAACGUUUAAAGCAAAUCGCGGACCAAAGAUAUCUGCGGCCAGGCUCUUAGUACAGAGCUCUUGUAAGCAUACAUCGUACUAACACACACUGCGAUUGUCAACACGCAGGAGUAUGCAGGACUAGAGUUGUAGGCUGCAUGCACAGCAAUGGACUGCAAAAAGCAAGAGCGAAUAAUCGGCAGCAUAGCUAAAUAUCAAUUAGACUCUCGCGGUUACAAACCCAAAAGCUCUUGAGUUUGUGUUGUUGUCGAACUCAAAGUACACGGUAGCAUAUACGAUAGCCAUGGUUCGACUCGGAGUAGACGUGAUCAGCUCGAAACUCUUAAAAUGGCAGCAUCCAGAGCACGAUGCGAAAGCCUUUGAACGUUUUCAACGAGCACGAUAGGUGGCAACAAAGCUCUUUCUGUUUUAUAUGCCUCCGUCGUGCUCCGUACAUAAUAAGUAAUGUGUAGCUAAAAUAAAAAGAGGAACUCGCUAAUCGCAGUGCCUGCACCUGCCUCGAGCAUCCAAAGGCUACUUAGAGAGCGCGGUACGUACUUUGUCCUUGUCCUUGUCCUUGUCCCUUAAUAAGGCCCACUUCCAAUUUCCCUUUCAUCCCAAUUUUAUCUAUACACUGUAACUGCAAUCUUAUUACAUUCAACAUCAUCAUCAUUGGAUCUUACCACCCAAAAUACAUAUCAACACACUGCUUGCCUCGAAAGAUCGAUAUUCUUCCUUCGACGUAUCUCACAAUCGUUCCUUUUUUGCAAGGCGGAGAGAGUAUUCAUUGCGCCAUACAUGAUAGCUCCAUACACAUAGUCGCAUAACAGCACACCUAGGUGGAUAAGCCCCUCUUCUGUCAAGGCCUGCAGGGAGCUUAAUGCCCAAACAGACAAUGUCGUCAAUAUGAAGCUGGAUUUUCUGAAGCUGGGUACUUGGAAGCCGGGCACCUGGAAGCUGGGCUUCGUCGCCUAUGUUUCGACUUUCGUCAUCCUCUACGUUAUCAUUGGAGGUCUACUCUUCGUCACUCCUCUCGAUACCGUCGUCCAAGCCAAAGCGAAUCAUCAAUUAUACAAUGUCUUUGUGAUCCUUUCCUGCUAUGGCGUCACUUUAUCUCUGGCCUUCCUGCUCUUCGCGACGAGGAUUUACACAAACAAGGAAAUCAUAAAAGCGAUACCAAAAACAUGGAUACCUAUCGAAGAAGGCGAUGUCGACAAAAAAGUUCGAAAAAUGAUUGUGGCGAGCCUGGCGAGAAGUGCUACACUAGCAUGGGAUUCACGACCACGAAUAGAUCAGCAUGCGACUGCACUAGUAUCGGCGCAAGACACGCUAGGUGAAGCGACAAUCGCUGCUGAGAAUGGUCGCCCUGAGCGGGAAAUGGACGAGAAGGGGUCUCAUGGAUCUACAACUGGUAUAUUAACGAAAGAACCCGUUUGGGGUCAAAUUUCUCACGAUGGAUGGUCUUCCCCAACCGCCGCGGUUCUGCCAAACUUACAGUACAUCACUGUAAUUCUCGAGUUACCUCAUUUGAUCGAAGCAAAGGCCGUAUCUUUAGCACCUCCUGACCCACAAUCGUCGUCUCGACCGCCCAUGCCUGAUCUCAGAGCAGUGGAUGUCCUUCAACGACCUGCGGCCAUGUGUUUGCGCGAUUACAUUGGUCAUCUAUCCGGAUUUGGCGUUGUCAACGAUUCUUCGAUCGCCACAUCUUUUCUGUCAGCCUACGAGUACGCUCGGUUUUCCUCUAACGCUAUCAGCGAAGUUGAAUUUCGCGAUCUAAUGAAACACUUUGCAGAACUUCUUCGCAGUAUGGAACCACUCAGUCCUGCAAUAAUGAUGAGUCUAGCUAUCGACGACCAAGAGAGCGAUAUCGACGGCGAUGCGUCAUCCAGUCCUACUCCGAUCACGCCACGAAGCGGUUCCCUCGCAUCAUCCUUAAGGAGUUUCAGUAUACAUAGUGGCAGCGAAGGAACUAUCCAAACAACUCGUUCUCGUAGAUUUGGUACGGAUCAAACAACGCCGAAUCGGUCACAUGCCGGUACAGCUUUUGUUGCUCCCCGAAGUACAAGGCCUCAGCUCCCUGGGUCGCAAAGUCGAACCAGGGGCUUUUAUACUAGCAGUAGCUCAAGUUCCAGUUCUAGUAUGAGAUCUAUAAGCCAAACAAGCGUGAUCAAGUUGAGCAAAAUUCAGACUGGAGAGUCAUUACCUUAUGAGUUAAAUAUACCCAGGGUGCGCUGAUAUAUCAGUCGCCUUUUCCUUUUAUUUUUUGAAUCGUUAUUAGCGUUGGAGUACGGGCUGGAACACAUGGUCCACAACAGGAAUGGGAAACGUCUAGAUAUAUUCCUCUAAUCUUCAAUGAUAAUGUACAAUUACUGAAUCACCACAUGCGAACUCUCCAAUUUGUCUCCGCCUAUUUCAACGUCUUCCUCAAUCUGACCAUACAGUAGAAAGCCUGCCAUUUCUCCCUCAUAGAAGCUAGAUCCUCGUGGGAUACGGAGAGGAUAUCAUCACCAUCCCCACUACUCAUCUCCGAUUUCGAUCAGCAAACUCUUGAGCAGGUAGCGAUUAAAUCCAGAAAUAUUGUCGGAAAUGCAAAUGAUUGCUUGAUGUACCUUGCGACCGCUGGAUCACCGAGUAUUAGUUUAGUCGAGUCUAUUUCCAGAUGUAUUUCAGCCUCAAAACCACUCCAGCAAUUACUAUUUUCUGUCGA